AUGCCCUUCACGUACCAUCCUCCAUCAGUGCAUAUGCCCUUCACGUACCAUCCUCCAUUCAAUGCAUCAGCCCGUCACGUACCAUCACCCAUCCGAUGCACACGCCCUUCACGUACCAACCUCCAUCCAAUGCACAUGCCCUUCAUGUUCCAGCCUCCAUUAGUGCACAUGCCCCUCACGUACCAUCCUCCAUUCAAUGCACCUUACUCUCCACAAUUUUGUUACCUCCGUGCAGCAGCCCUUCACGUACCAUCCUCCAUCAGUGCAUCAGCACUUCACGUACCAUCCUCCAUCAGUGCAUAUGCCCUUCACGUACCAUCCUCCAUCCAAUACACAUGCCCUUUCACGUACCAUCCUCCAUCCAAUGCAUCAGCCCUUCACGUACCAUCCUCCCUCAGUGCACACGCCCUUCACGUACCAUCCUCCAUCAGUGCACACGCCCUCACGUACCAUCCUCCAUCCAAAACAACAUAA